AUGAGUCUCUCACCAGCACUGCCAUCAUCGUCGUCGUCGAGUAUCGAACUCACAGAGACGUUCCACCACUCGACGGCCGUCUACGACUUCCACAUCCGCUGGACAUCCCUUGGCGACUCGGCAUCGCCGCCGUUAAUCUUCGUACACGGCACGCCCUGGUCUUCGCGUGUGUGGCACGCCUACGCACAGUCCCUGGCCCGGUACUUCCACGUCUACCUGUUCGACAACCCCGGGUUCGGCGACAGUCCCCUGGGCAAGGCUCGCCCGGGUAAGAAGGACGCCAUCAGCCCCGCGGUGGCGCUGGAUGCAGACUUGGCGCAGCAGUCCGAGGUGUUUGCCGCGCUGUACAGAUCGUGGGAGCAAGGUUGGCCGCGGUCGGGGAGCACGGCGCACGUGGUCGCGCACGACCAUGGAGGGUUGAUGGCCCUGCGCGCCCAUCUGCUGCAUGGCUGCGAGUACCGGAGUCUUUGCUUGAUCGACGUCGUUGCGCUGGGACCGUUCGGACAGCCUCUGUUCAAACUGGUGGCGGAAAACGAAGGGGUGUUUACGGCGUUGACUGGACCGGUGUUUGAGGGCGUCCUCGAGGCUUAUAUUCGGGAUGCAGCGUUUCGUGAGUUGGACAGAGAAACCAUGGAAAUGCUCAAGAGGCCGUGGAUCGCGAGCGAAGACGGGAGAAAGGGUUUUGUCAGACAGAUGGUGCAGGCGAACAGCCGCAGCACAGAGGAGGUCGAAGGCAGAUAUCACGAGGUUGGCACAAACAUGCCAGUGAGGGUCAUCUGGGGAAGAGAGGACAAGUGGAUUCCCGUCGAGACGGCGGAGAGAUUGAGGGAGAAGCUGAAUGCUAAGGACGUGGUGGUCCUCGAAGGAGCAGGUCAUUUAGUCAUGUAUGAUCAGCCGGGGAGAUUAGGGCUUGAGCUGGGAUGGUGGUUGGGAAAUAUGAAGUAG